UAGUCAACCUGGUGGCGCCGAAGAAACAACUGUUGGCGACGCCUGGCGAGUUGGAGUAACCUGCGGAGUUGGAAUUGCGGAGCAAUUCGUGUACAAAUCGGCGUUGGGAAGGGAAAGAAAAGAACGAAUCGCGCGCGUACGGCCGAUCGAAGAGUUCGGCUUGGCCGAGAGUUCCAUCAGAGGAGUGCGGAGUGUUUCGAAUUUUCUCGGGGGAACUCGCGGUGUGCGUGUUCGCGGGAAUUGGCGGACGGGUGCGCGCGUUUUGUGAAAUCAAGCGGAAUCCUCGUUAACAGGUGGGACGCACGAUGGUGGUGACCAAAGACCCGAAGACGAUGGUCGCGAUGGAGCUGAUGAAUCCGUACGAAAAGCCGCCGAGCAUGUCGGUCAGCCAGACCAUGAGGACCUUUCUGUACAAUCGCGAGACCGGCGCGUUCAUGGGCAGGACCGCCAGUAGCUGGGGUAAAAUCGGACUUUUUUAUUUGAUAUUCUACGGCGUUCUGGCGGCGCUUGUUGCCAUUUGUUUCUGGGGAUUCUUUCAAACGCUCGAUCCAAGGAUACCGAGAUGGCAACUCGAGAGAUCCAUCAUUGGAACAAAUCCAGGCUUGGGAUUCAGACCGAUGCCGCCGACGGAGAAUGUGGAGAGCACUUUGAUUUGGUACAGAGGCACCGACAGUGAAAACUUCAAACACUGGGUUGAUUCACUACAAAAUUUCUUAAAAGAUUAUAUAACACCCGGGUCUGUUCUUGGUCUUGGCGCAAACAUUAACAAAUGCGAUUAUAAUCAGCCGCCGCCACCCGGAAAAGUUUGUGAUGUUGAUGUGAAAAAUUGGCAUCCUUGUACCAAGGAGAACAGAUAUAACUAUCACAAAUCCGCUCCUUGCAUUUUCCUUAAGCUGAACAAAAUUUAUGGCUGGAGACCAGACUUUUACAACGAUACUCAACAUUUACCGGAAAAGAUGCCACUCGAUCUCAAGGAACACAUCGCUAGUCUGAAAGGAAACAACUCCUUGCAGCUGAACACAAUCUGGGUAUCCUGCGAAGGUGAAAAUCCUGCUGAUCAGGAGAACAUUGGCCCAAUUAGUUAUUUACCACGACGCGGUUUUCCUGGUUACUUUUAUCCUUAUGAAAAUUCCGAAGGAUAUUUGAGUCCGCUGGUUGCAGUGCACUUUGUCAGACCACGAACCGGAAUUCUGAUAAAUGUCGAAUGCAAAGCAUGGGCAAAAAAUAUCAAGCAUAGUCGUAACGACAAAAUCGGCGCGGUCCAUUUCGAGCUGAUGAUAGAUUAACGAAAUCUAAAAACAGCCUUCGGCUCCCUAUGCAAGUCUCUUAAAGUAAAACGAGUGUCUUGGGGACAUUUGAGGUAGCCAUUAGGCAAAUCUUCAUCUUCCAAAUAAUAAAAAUGUGAACAAAUAUAAUCUCUCCGAAGUCGACAACAUGCCGCCGACUCUCUGGGAUGACAUUAAUCGAGUACAAAACGAAAAGAAUUCUUACAAUAGACGUUCCUGACGUUUUAAAUGGAUUACACAUGAAAAUCAUGAAUUUUGAGAGAUUGCAUAUGUAUGUGCUGAAUGAAGACAUAUCGGCGAGGAUAACGACUGAAAAAAGAGGCGCUGAUAUUAAUAAUUAGAACGUUCAUUGAGAGAGAAAGGUCUUCAUUAAUCAACAUCACUUCGUAGAAUAUCUUUCACAAAUCUGCUGUUUUAGAUUUUUCGUUUCAAUAAUCUAUUCAUACCAAAUUUAUCUAAGAAGUCUAUAGAAAAUAUUUUUAGCAUGUGUAAAAGACAUUUUUUAUUCUUAUAACUAUAAACGGAAUAUUUUUAGCAUGCAUAAAAGACAUUUUUUAUAUAUAAACUAAACGGUCGUUUUACAUCUGCCAUUUGGAGUUCGUCAAUUAAAUUAGUGAUUAAUUAUUCCAAGAAUUCUAAGAAUGUAAUAGUUUUGUCAUAUACAACAUUCAUACAAGAUAAAAUUACAAUAUCCUCUUUGAGAAAGCUAAUAUAAAGAAGCUUGAAUGUUAAUGUUCCAAUCUUAUAUUGCUAAUUUUGACUUUAAUUUGUCGGCAAUAUAUUAUUUUGCAUAUAUAUUUUGUACAAUGUUAUUCUCGUUGAUAUCUACUGCGUACUUGCAGAUUAAAGAAGUUUUUAUAGCGAAUUUAACACAUUUUCGUGCAAUUUAAAAUUAGGAACGAAUGAAAGAAUAGUUUAAUGAAAUCUCAAAAAAUUAUAAUCACUUACGCGUGCCUUCCUUUGCUCAUAAGCGCGAAUUUAACUCGCCUUUGUGCAAUUGAAAAUUAGAAACAAAUGAAAGAAUGGAAUAAUGGAAUCUCAAAGAAUUAUAAUCGUUUACACGUGCCUUUUUUGCUCAUAAGCGCAAUUUAUAUAUAAAGACCGACCGACACAAUAGCAUAUAUAAAAGAAUCUCAUUUGGAAUUAUUUAAUAUACUCAUAUACAUAUAUAUGUAUAAUGGUAGCUGGGUAGAUUUUUUUAUAAUCAGGCGUGCAAUUUUGAAGACUUUUGUAAUAUUCAAAUGACACUCUACUAGAAAUUAAUACGUCCUCAGGUAAUAUCAUAUUUUUUACCUUAUUGGAACGCGUUAGUAAUUUUGUCAAGUAGAAAUUAAGAAUCGCGAAAUAGAUAAUAAGCGUAUAAUUUCUUACAAAUAAAAAAAAA